CUUCAACAAGCCAUAGCAGAUCCAUAGCAGAUCAUCAUCAAAUUAUUAUCGCUUUUGCCGAUCAGGCGCCGUGGCUGUGGCAGUCGCGCGUCAUACCAUCGUGACAGCGAUAUAGUAUAGUUGACUGCCUACUUAGGUAGACGUUCGGACGAACCUAGAAAUCUCACUUUCCUCUUGCUCUGAAGUGCAGCAUCUCACCCACGGCAUUGUCGCCGAUCAGUCCGCGCUGAGCAUUGACAACCCAUUCGAUCUGUUGGGAGAAGAUCACUAUUCUUGAACCUGAUCAAGCUCUGCCACAUCAUGGUUGGUCUAUUCGAAACCACAUUCCAGCAUGCGUCGAGCACCCCGCUCCCGCCUAACAUCUCCGUGGAGACUGGAUUGAAGGUCCUCCAUGAUUUCGAAGGCGUCAUCCGACUUAGUCCUGACUGUCGAGGCUGCAAGCCCAUUUCACCACCUCAGCCAAGCACCAACGCCACCAAUGACAAUGGGAGCGACAACAGUGCAGAGGUAAUGCGCUACGAAGUAGAAGACGACCUGCCGUUCAUACCCAAGAGACUGUGGGCUGGCGGGGUCAAGUACAAUGCCGAUUUCGUGCCGACACCUGACGGCUGCGAUAUCACCGUUUACGCACCUGGAGGCUUCACCUCUGUGAAUCACUGGCGACUGCUCCGUGAUCCCAUUUUGGACCACGCAAAAGAGACGCACAAAAUUGAAAGCCAGACCAAGGAUACUCUGCAUAUGCGCAAUGACAGUGGAGGUGGAGGGUGGUACGUGCAAAUCAUCAGCGACGCACGAUGCCCGAAAGCCUUCGCCAGUUUCGUCAAGGGCUUCUUGAAGAACAGCCAUGUUCAAUUGCAACAAGCAUUCAUCGAGAAGGUCAAGGAGACACCCGUCGAGCCGACGGAAGGAGAGCAAGCACAGCGACCACCAAUGCGUGAGAGGAGGCCCACGAUAGGCAGGAGAAAAUCAAGCAUUAUGUAGUUGUUCCCAAUGCAAAUGGAUGACAGCCAAGAUCAGCGGGGCACACAUGUAUUAGGUAGAUCUACAUUGCAGAUGUUGACAGCAUAUCUGAGACUUAAUGAUUAUGCGCGUCUGAGCAUGCAAUUUCGAAUACCACCUUUGCAGACCUGCCCAAGUGUGUUGAGAAGAAGACACCAUGCGGGUGCCAACGGAUUCAAGCAGAAAUGUCAAAUGCCGGCGCGUACAUUAAGAUUUCGAUGAAGCAACAGGAGCACAGAGUCGAAGAGGGGAAGUAAGAUACAAGCG